AUGGAUGUCGACAUAGAACAUUUUGAUCGUGAGUGUGAUGAGGUAGGAAUUGAUAAUGACAUUGAAUGUGAUGAAACUAUUGAACAACCUACGGUUGGAAUGAACUUUUCAUCUGUAGAACAAGUUUUGUCUUACCAUAUGAAGUAUGGUAAGCAGAAGGACUUUAGAGUGUGUAAAAGAAAUUCUAGACAAGAUGACGAUGGGAACAUCAGAUGGAUUUGCUUGGCAUGUGUGCGAGGAGACACAUCAAAGAGUAAGGCUGCCAAUGUUAUGAAACCAAGACAGACAGAGAAGAUAGGGUGUAUGGCUAGGAUUAACGCGAUACUGAAUAAUGAAGGUGGAUAUACCCUAUCUAAGGUAAUCUUGGAUCACACACACGUUUGUAGUCUGAGAAAAGCAAGGCAUUUCAGAUGCUUUAAGAAGGUUGAUCCUCGGGUGGCUAAAAGGCUUGAAAUUAAUGAUGAAGCAGGAAUACGGUUGUCCAAAAAUUUCAAGGUUGUGGUUGUUGAAGCGGGGGAUGCCAGAAGUAGAGCUGCGUAUGAAUCAUUCGGGGAUGUCAUUACAUUUGACACAACAUAUCUGACUAAUGUGUAUAAGAUGCCUUUUGCACCGUUUGUGGGUGUUAACCACCAUGGACAAUCAAUUCUAUUCGGAUGCGGAUUGAUAUCCAAUGAGGAUGCAAAUACAUUCGAGUGGUUGUUUGAGUCAUGGUUGAAGUGUAUGAAUGACCAACCACCAAAGGCAAUCAUUACAGACCAAGAUAAGGCCAUGAAAAUUACAAUUUCAAGGGUGUUUCCAACGUCUAGGCAUCGUUUCUGCUUGUGGCGUAUAAUGAAAAAGCUUCCUGAAAAAUUUGGAUCACAUUCUCAAUAUGAGGAAAUUAAGAGUACUCUACAUAAGUACGUUUAUGACUCUUUCAGUGAGACUGAAUUCGAAUCACAUUGGCAUGAUAUGCUCGAUACCUAUGAUCUACAUGAGAAUGCAUGGUUGGUAUCACUAUAUAGUGAUCGCCGUUUUUGGGUGCCAGCGUAUGUUAAAGACACAUUUUGGGCUGGUAUGUCAACGACACAACAGAGUGAAAGUAUGAAUAUAUUUUUUGAUGACUACAUUAACUCUAAAACAACUUUGAAACAAUUUGUUGACCAGUACGAUUCAGCCCUAAGGAGGAAGGUAGAGAAUGAAGCAAUUGCUGACUUUAAUUCAUUUAAUACGGAGAUUCCUUGCAUCGGUCGCUAUCCUCUUGAGAAGCAAUUUCAGAAAGCAUAUACAAUUGCUAAAUUCAAAGAAGUGCAAGAGGAAUUGCGAGGAUUUUUAUAUUUGACUACUUCAUUAGUGGGAUGUGAGAGUGGUAGAAAUACGUUUGUAGUUGCCGAUGAAGUUCAAGUUGGUGAUGACUUGUUAAAACGUGCAACUUUCACUGUCAAAGUUGAUGAAGAUCCCCUUGAUGCCGAGAGCAGUACUUUGAAAUUGAUUAGCCAGAUAGAACAGUUGAAGGUACAGUACCCUGGUACUCCUGAUCCAGCUACUUCCAUGGGAGGCACGACAGUUCAUCCAGCUACUUCCAUGGGAGACAUGACAGAUAGAGUGCUUAGUCCGUUGCGGAGUAGUCACGCUCCAGAUGAAUGCAUUGUCCGUGGCACACAUCAUGAGGCUCCUCAAAGCCAGGUGCGGAUUAUUCUGGCAUUGGACGGACUGCUCUUCCCUCACAGGUAA